GACCGGGGUCAGGCAGCAGCAGCAGAGAGCCGAGAACCACUGUUUUUAUUCUCACUAAAAAGAUAACAAAUAUCCUUGGAUUUCAGCUGCGUUCCCCUGCUGGUACACAGAAUGAAGACCCAUUGACACUCCCAGGAAUAUGCUCUGACUCCAGAAAGAGAAGAAAAACAACAACAGUGCCCUCUUUUCGUUUUAAACGUUUUUCUCCAACGCCCCCCAUUUAGCGUGCUAGCUAGGCUAACCUAACCCUGCUAGCUCCUUAGCGCUGCACUGAGCUGGUCUCCUCCUCCUCUUGGCUUCUUCUCAUAUUUUCCAUCAAAACCUGGGCGACAAGCGAAGACAGGAUCUCGUCGACCAAGGCAGGAUAAAAAGAGGGUGAGUUCACUCCCAACAAACAGGCAUUCGUGAUCUGAUGUGAGAUCCACGGAGAGACUAUGCCUAGCCCUUUAUUCCACCCCGAAAUUAUGGACCACGACGUGGUGAUCAGCAGCCAGCACAACGGGGUCGGUCUUCCCCGGGAGACAGAUCAGGAUUCCCGGGAAGAGGACCACCAAGAGGCUCUCCGCUUCGCCCUGGACCAGCUGUCACUGAUGGCCAUGGAGAAGGUGGACUGUGUGGGCGGCGGUGGGAGCGUAGGCGGCGGACUGGUCGACCCUCUGGAUGGGACCCAGGGUCCGGGCUCUGACGGCUGUAACGGUGUGGGCUACGUUGAUCUACAGAUGCUGGAGCAUCGCAACGGGUCCCGGGACUCGCCGUCGUCCUGCUCUCCAUCCCCGGAGUACUACGGCUCGGGCGGGUACCACAUGGCCGGCUCGCACUCAAUGCUCCACGGGGAACAAAGCUCCGUCCUAUGCAGCAGGAAAAGAAGUGUCAACAUGACUGAAUGUGUGCCUGUCCCCAGCUCUGAACAUGUGGCCGAAAUAGUUGGAAGACAAGGUUGCAAGAUUAAGGCCUUGCGUGCAAAGACAAAUACCUAUAUAAAGACGCCAGUCAGGGGUGAGGAGCCCGUGUUCAUCGUGACGGGUCGUAGAGAGGAUGUGGAAAUGGCUAAACGUGAAAUUGUCUCUGCGGCUGAGCAUUUUUCUAUGAUCCGGGCAUCCCGCUGCAAAGCCGGAGGGCCAGGAGGAGGAGGAGGAGGGGGAGGAGGAGGAGGAGGAGGAGGAGGAACCAGCAGCACCGGCACUGGCACCAGCUCUCUCCCUGGACCUCCACACUUACCUGGACAGACCACCAUACAGGUGAGGGUUCCCUACAGAGUAGUAGGUUUGGUUGUUGGACCAAAGGGAGCGACUAUCAAGCGCAUCCAGCAGCAGACUCACACCUACAUCGUGACCCCUAGUCGAGAGAAAGACCCUGUGUUCGAGGUAACCGGCAUGCCAGAGAACGUUGACCGAGCGAGAGAGGAGAUCGAGACCCACAUCACCCUGAGAACUGGAACCUUUGUAGACCUGCAGGGAGACAACGACUUCCACUCCAAUGGCACUGAUGUGAGUCUUGAAGGCCUGGGCGCCCUGAGCGCCGGGCUGGCGUCUACUCUGUGGUCCAGGGCUUCUGGCCACCACUCUGCAGCUCCUCCAACUCCAGGCUCCCCACCUCCUCCUAUUCCCAUGUCCAUGCACCACUCCUCCGGCCGGAAGAUGUCCUCCUCGGUAGCAUAUCACACGCACAAUGGCGGGAUGAACUCAGAAAACUUCAGCAACACUCGCAAGGCCAACGAGUCCGGCAGCCCAACCAGCCCCUUUAGCACAGGCUCCAGCAGUGCUGGAGGAGGGUUCACGUUCGGGGGCGACUGCACCCCCGGGAUGCCCUCCUCUGAGGAACUGGGCUUUGAGUUCAGCGCUGCCAAUAUCUGGGCCCCUUUCGUCAAUGGUGGAUCAGGCAACAAGGCAUCGGGCUCCGCCCAGCAGCAGCCUCUACGUCGCAACAGCAGCGGCCUCAGCGGUGGCGCCAUCACUCCACGAUUGUCUCCAACUCUCCCUCAGGACACGGGCGUGGGCCCCUUGGAUCACCCAUUAGCCCGUCGUGCACAGAGCGACCCCCUCAGCACUCUCUCCUGGCUGCAGUCUGGCAAUGCUGGAGGCGGCUCCUUCUCUGGAGCGUCCAGCUCCAGCUCCGCUGGCUCGUCCACCGGUUACUCCUCCUGCUCGGCCUCCUCCCUGCCUGGCGGCUCACCCACUGACUCCGAGGGAGGCGGCAGCGGCGUGGGUCUCAGUUCUGGCAUGCUGAGUCGUCUGAAAGGCCCCGGGGUUGCAGGUCUGGUCGGUGUCGGCCCCGGGAUCAACAGGGACUGCUUUGUGUGUUUCGAGAGCGAGGUGACGGCAGCCCUGGUGCCUUGUGGCCACAACCUGUUCUGCAUGGAGUGCGCCGGGCAGAUCUGCCAGUCAGCCGAGCCAGAGUGCCCCGUCUGCCACACCCCCACCACACAGUGCAUCCGCAUCUUUUCCUAAUGCUCCGGCAGGGGGGAGGGUGAAAUAGGAAGAAGACUGGAGUGGGGCACCAGCUGUGGCAGAAGGAUUCACACUAAUAACUUUCACACACACAUGAUGGACCAUAAUAAACGCAUAAUAGAGAUGAUGAUACUAUACUGAUGUUGAUUUAUUGCUGAUAACUGUCAAGAAUAAUAAUAAUAAUAAUAAUAAUAACAAUAACAAUAAUAAUAACGACUGACUUAUAUCCAGCGUGAAGUUAAUUGAAACUGCUCUGCAGACAGUUGUUGCCUCAGACGGUCUCAGUGGUGAACUUCUGGAAGGAAACUAGUGUCUUAUCUCUCUUCAGGCCUUCAUUUCGACCCGGCGCAGUCUGCGCCCGGUCUGUCUCGACAUUUCUUCAUUCUGGCUUCUUCAGAUCUCUGCCUGCUUUUCUCUCACAGCCUUUCCUUUUGACACUUUUGUACUUAACAGAUAUUUUUCGAUGAAGCUGUCAAUAAGGCCUGCACUUUUCUACUCCUUAUUUUAAUGUUUCUUGACAGGAGGCAAACCGUUCCAAACAAACGCCCCCCCUCCCACCCCACCCCACCCCAUCACUCCUCUUGCUCUCACUCAUGCUGUUGCCUGUAACAUUAAGAGGCGGGGUUGCUAUUUUUUGUAAGUUUGGAACUUUUUUAAAGAUCUGCGAUGUGAUCAGGCACCUAUCAGCACACCCUAGGGCCAUCUUAGGAAGACCUCCUGUUUCUCGUUGCCACACAAAAAUUAGCCAUCCUUAAUGCCAAAUGAAUGCUAUUUAAUAGAACUCUCUUAAUUUCUGAUCAAAUUCAAUAACAUGUGAAUUUGAAUGCCCUGCUUCGCUAAUGUGACUGCUGCUUUUAUUUCCAUUAAUGACCCAUUAUGAAGUGAGAAACCAUUGAGAUACUUUAGGAACGUGUCUGAGGUCAUUUAUUUUGUACGUUUGGGCUGCCUGACAAUCCCUUUACAUCUCUGUAUUGCGUAUGUGUGGAAAUCGCUCACUCCUGCUGUUUUCACAUCUGCAUCAUCGUGUGUCACCGUGUGAAGGUCUGGUUUCUGUCCUGCUGUCCCUCCUUCACUCCCAGUCUCACAGGAAGGCUUUGCUCUGAUCCAUCCACCUCAUCCUGUCUGUUACACUCAGAUCAGUCGUUUAGCCUUUUCUAUUCUAUUCUAUUUUUUGACUCUUGACUGUCAAGUGUGUGGCUCGCAGACAUAUUUUGAACUCUAGGAUGAGAUAGGGCUUUUCUGAUGUCACACGUGAAUGUUUUGUGCAGUAAGGUUAUGGAGAAGGCUGCUCCUCCCACACUAAACAAUAACAAGUGGCUCAAUUGAACCUUUUUUUCAUGCACUGUAACUCCCAGUCCCUCUUAGUACGAGAAAAAAACUGCUCUUACUGUUUUAGUUUUGGUAGGUUUGGUCUUCCACCCCACUCUCACAGCCAAGCUGUAUGGCACUCUCAGAUGACACACUGUCAUACCCAUAUAGCGCUGUACUCCUGGCCAAAUGUGGUGCACUAUGUGGUUAGUUGUUUAAGGUUUGUCCUAUGUUUUCAUAGCAUUACGGAUAAGGCAGUUGCAUCCUGUUUUGUGUUAGUGGUUUUUAAAGAAUUCAGUGUGAGUUUGCAGUAACUGCCUCCUAUAGUGUUAAUACUGUAUGUAUGAUUUUGGGCGAUGUAGUUGGUACACGGUUGCCGUUAUUGGCCCUUUUUGAACAUGCACGGAAUCAGCUCAUAGAAUGAGACAAGCCAUGACGACAGAAUAAAAUCGACACACCUAAUUCUCAAGGGCUUCCUCUGACUGCACAGACACAUGAUCAUGUUUUCAGGCUCACAUGCAGUAGGUAGAACUUAUCCUUUUUGGCAGCUAGUAGCUAGGUCAUCCAGGGCUUCCAGACACUCUUUGUGUUCAAAUCCCAGCAGCUGCAGAAUGUUUUGCUGUUGUAUUUUAAAUUAUAUUUUCGAACUGUCCCUAUACAGCCAUCACAUUCGGAUCCAGUCAGUAGGGCAUUGCAGUCACAGUGUGUCGUCCUCUCUGGACGUAGUCUCAGAUCAGGACGGGUCGUAGGGUUUUAAUGUCAAAGGAAAAAGGGUAACUCUACUUAGAGUAAAAAAAUAAUCUUGAAAAUGGGCAGUUUCUGCUGUGCUUUGGUGCUCCAGCCAGUAUGUUAAACUUAUUUGCUGUCUGACUGUUCGUUUGCUACUUAGGUGACAAGGGCAGCAGCUGCGCAGAGGAAUCUAAUAAGCCGCUGUCCUGGUUGAGCGCAGCAGUGCACUCAUUCAUGUGUCCAUACGUGUAGGUAAAAUCUGCCCAGGAGCUUGAACCAGGAGUCUUUUGGAAGGCUCUCCCAUGGUGCUUUGGUGCAACUCCCUAUUGAUCACAGCGUUGAACAAACCCGGUUGGCAGCUGGAGGCCUCUGUGUUCAGACUUCUGCGGCGCUGCGCUGUAAACCUGACAACCCUGUUUUCGCUCGUGUGAGAACGCCUCCCUGUCAGGUUCUGAUGUCAAACGUCACAUUUUGUUUCUUACCCGUGUGCACUCAGAACAGAUGCGGGGCCUUGAACGCAUCUGAAAGAACAGAUCAGUUGUUUGAGUCUAACGCCGAUCUUAGAGCCCUUCUUCAAACUGUCCACAUUGGCGUGUUAAAGGAAUUAAACGUGUUGUAUUUACCAGAUGGUUCUGAUGCACAUCCUAGUGUUUCACUGGGGUGUUUCUGGCCAAUGAGAAAUUGUUAGGGUUUAGUGUACAGUAGUUUCAUUGUUAAAAAGGUACAAAGUUUUCAGAUUGACUGCUGAUUUUUUUAUUUUAUUUUGCCAAACUUAUCCCCUCCCCCAUUUCCUUCCUAAAGGUUUGAAAACAGGGUUUCCUGAGGUAUGCUAGCCAGUGACCUCUGACCUUUUUUGUGAUUAGAGGGGGGGGGGAUGCGAAGAGAGCCAGGCCAGUAAGGGGUGACAGACACCCCUCAAGCCGCCACUCUCCUAUUUUUUGCUUUAAUUCUCUUUUGUAUGCAGAACCAAAAUGUAAAACGUCAGCAAACUAGGUUUCAGGCCUGACCUGUGUGUAUAUACCCUGAAUACAAUCAUUGGGCUCUUGUUCUCAAAAGCAAAAUGAAUUAAUUGAAGAUAAGUGUAGUUUCUAAAGAACAUGUAUCAUUAUUUGUAAGUUAACCAUCUGCAUGUCUUCAAGCCACCUGGCAUUAGCUAAUAAUUUUUAAGAUAAAAAAAAAAACUUUUUACACAUUUUUAUUUUUUACAAUUUAUUUGCUUACCUAAAUAUCCCAGACAAUAAUGUGACCCUUUUUAUUACUUCAAAUUUAUUUUUAUUUUCCAUUUUUUUUAUUUUCCUUAUUUCCUGUGUACUACAUAUAGGCAAUUUAUAACAAAAUGAGAAAAUUAUUGAAGAAAUUUUAAAAUUGAAAUAUAUUUUAUUUGAAAGUUUAUGGACCUUUUAACCGUGAGCCGGAAAAAUUGUAUAAUCGUAUAAUUUGAGCUGACUUGACGGUUAUGAGAAAUGUAUCAAGAGUUUUAUUUUUUAUGCUUCUUUAAUAAAGUCUUGUUUUGGUUUCAUUUUUUUUACUGUAAAAUAAGAA